AUGACACAAUACUCAUCCCAUCAUCAAAUAGAAAUUAAUAAGUACUUUGCAGAUAUUAAUACUUUUUUGAACACAGGCGCUAAAGCAGCGAAAAUAACAAACGCGAUCAUUUUUAUGAUUUGCAAGGAUUGUCAGCCAAUAUCAGUUGUUGAUAAUGACGGUUUUAAACAAGUCCUCAGAAUUACAGCCCCACAUUAUACAAUUCCUCAUAGAUCCACCAUUACAAGAAUGAUUGAUUCAAAAUAUGAAGUUCUUUCAAAAGUUAUUAAAGAAGAACUUGCUAAUGUAAAAAAUAUUACCCUUGCGACAGAUGUGUGGACUAACACGAUGCAAGCAAGAAGCUUUCUAGGGAUUACAGUACAUUAUGUCAAAGAUAUAUCUCUCAAUUCAAUAGUGUUAUGCGUACAACAAUUAGAGGAACGUCACACUGGAGAAUACUUAUCAAAAAUAUUGACCGAUACCUGUGAAAAUUGGGGAAUUCAUAAAGAACAUGUAACAGCCGUUGUUACGGAUGAUGCAGCAAAUAUGAUUUUAGCUGUGGAGUUGGCUUUUACUAAAGCCAAACAUAUGAAUUGCUUUGCACACACUUUAAAUUUAGUAGCAGAGAAAUCUGUAAAAUCUGUUGCAAAAUUUGUCCAUGUUUUGAAUAAAGUCAAACAAAUUGUGACAUGGUUCAAACACAGCGUAAUUGCCAUCGACGAUUUGCGUAAGAUGUCACAAAAUACAAAAUUAAUUCAAGAAUGCCCAACUCGUUGGAACUCUAAGUUCUGCAUGAUAGAACGGUUUUUACAACUGCAUAAAGAAGUCAACGAAAUUUUAAUACGCCAUACAUCAGCUCCGCCAAUGGUUAGUGCACUCGAAAUUUUGCAGCUAAAAGAAACAAUGGAAAUUUUAAGGCCAUUAGAAUCAACAUCCACAGAGUGUUGUGGUGAAAAAUACUUAACCUCCAGUAUGGUUAUUCCCAUGGUACAUUGCAUGGUAAAAAGAUUUCCUCAUUAA